AUGACUACUGCUGCCAAAAAUACGAAGAAGGGCAAGAAAGCGCAGCCACCUCAGGAUCCAGCACCGGAGGAAAAAAAGGAAGUUGUCGUAGAAUCGGAUUCUGACUCGGAUGAUUCUGUGCCUGAGCUUGCCGAGGAGAAAAAGGCAGGUGAUGCUCUGACAGCCGAUGAUGACCUUUUGGGCUUGAAUAAACAGUCUCGCAGCGAGAAGAAGGCUCGUAAAGCCAUGACAAAGUUGGGCUUGAAGCCAAUUCCGGGAAUCUGCAGAGUGACAAUACGGAAAGCGAAGACAAUAAUGUUCGUUAUUAACAACGUUGAUGUCUUCAAAGCCCCAAACUCCGAUACCUAUGUCAUUUUUGGCGAAGCUAAGGUCGAGGACAUGUCUGCUCAAGCCCAAAUUGCUGCAGCGGAGAAACUGCGGUCCCAGGCUCUGUCGGGCACCACGCCUGCUGCUCAUGCAGAGACGGCUGAGACCACUUCAAAGGCGGCUAUAGCAGAAGAGUCCGACGACGAAGAAGUUGACGCCACCGAUCUCGACGCAAAGGAUAUCGAACUAAUAAUGCAACAGACAAAUGUUUCCCGCUCAAAGGCUAUCAAGGCGCUCCGUGAGAAUGGGCUGGAUGUAGUUAAUGCUAUCAUG